UUAGGUAAAUCUACACUGGCGGAUACCUUGUUCAACACUAGCUUUGAAUCCCAACCAGAAACCCACAGAGAACAAGAAGUGAGACUCAAGGCGCAAUCUUUUGAGCUUCAGGAGAGCAAUGUAAAUUUGCGCCUGACUCUGGUUGAUACAGUAGGAUAUGGAGAUCAGAUAAAUAAGGGGGAUAGUUUUAAUAGUAUAGUCGAGUAUAUUGAUAACCAGUUCGAGGCUUAUCUACAGGAAAAAAUUGAACAAUAUUUUAGGGAACUUUUUACUGACUUUCAUCUUCUAAAUACUUAAGUAAAUAAUUUAGUCUGUAUGAAGAAGCUGGAUCAGAAGGUGAACAUAAUCCCGAUCAUCGCCAAGGCGGACACCAUUAACAAGACGGAGCUGGCAAAAUUCAAGGCCAAGAUAAUGAGCGAGCUGAAGCAGAACGGAGUAUCUAUCUAUCAGUUUCCUACAGAGGACGAGAUCGUGGCUGAGACUAACAAGGAGAUGAACACUCUCCUUCCCUUCGCUGUUGUCGGCAGUAACGAGUUCGUCAAGGUUGGAACAAAGAACGUUCGUGCACGCCAGUACCCCUGGGGAGUAGUGCAGGUAGAGAAUGAGAAUCACUGUGACUUCAAGCACCUGCGUGAGAUGUUGAUUAGAACGAAUAUGGAGGAUCUCCGAGAUCAAACACAAACCAAGCACUACGAACUAUAUAGAAAGGAGAGACUGAAGCAGAUGGGGUUCAGUGAGGUGGAUUCCAACGGUAGCAGCAGCUUCGCAGAAACAUAUACUCUUAGACGAGAGUCCCACCUGAAGUCCCUACAGGGCAGAGAAGAGGAGAUGAGACAGAAGUUUGUAUUGAGAGUAAAAGAGAAGGAAGCAGAGCUGAAGGAAUCUGAGCGUGAGCUGCACAGCAGGUUCGACAAGCUCAAGGCAAGUGUGGCGGAGGAACGGCGGUUAGUUGACGAACAGCGGCGGACAUUGGAUGAAGAAAUUGCGGAUUUCCACCGGCGGAAGGCCCAGUAUGAGACGGAUAAGAUGAGCAGUGGGCAUCAUACUCUCACCCUGGGCAAACUUGGAAAGAAGAAGUAAACUGCAACUUUUAACCGGAACCUGUAACCGGAACUUGUAACCGGAACUUGUAACCGGAACUUGUAACCGGAACCUGUAACCUGACCUUGUAACCGGAACUUGUAACCAGAACUUGUAACCGGAACUUUUAACUGGAACUUGUAACCGGAACUUUUAACUGGAACUUGUAACCGGAACUUGUAACCAAAACUUGUAACCGGAACUUGUAACCAGAACUUGUAAUCGGAACUUGUAACCGAAACUUGUAUCCGGAACUUGUAACCGGAACCUGUAACCUGAACUUGUAACCGGAACCUGUAACCAGAACUUGUAACCGGAACUUGUAACUGGAACUUGUAACCGGAACUUGUAACCGGAACUUGUAACCGGAACUUGUAACCGGAACUUGUAUCAGGAAAUUGUAUCCGGAACUCGUAAAUACCAUAUUUUAACCAAUAAUAUUUUAAUUAGAAAUUAAACUGGAAGAAAAACCAGAAACUGGAGACGAAUGUUAAAAAUUUGCCAAAUGAAAUCUCUAUGUAAGCGUGCUUUUUACAAUUUACAGUCUGCAACACUUUUAAUUAUUUGUUCUUCUUGUGUAUAUUUGUGUUUGUAAUAUUUGUAAAUAUAUUUACUAACAAUUUUGAAUGUAGUGCUAUAAACAUUUUGCAUUUUUCUACUAACCCAAUGUUUGUUUUGUAUUGCACGUAAAACUGUACAAAAUUAUCGACAAAAAAUGCUUUAACAAUA